AUGUUUGUGUCUCUGCUUUUUGGGGCUGCAGUAGUCGCCGCUAGCCCGACUACUGUUGCGAGAGGUAACUCAUCCGCUGUGACAAUUAGCCAGAAUGCACCCAAGGAUGCUGGUGCCGCAGUCCUGCGCCCAUUUGUCUCGUUCUCGAUUGAAUUUGCAUCCUUUCCGGACUUUGCCGGCAACUUAUCGUUGCCAAACAAGUUCUCGAAUCAGCUACUAGAUAAUCUUGCCGACCUCCAAGGUUUCAAGCCUUAUAUUCGAGUCGGCGGAAACACGCAAGACUUUGCUUUAUAUGACCCCAACCUGAAAACUGGAAUCAAUGGUACGGUCGUUCCCGCUAUCUCUACCGACUACCCAUCUAUCGUGUAUAUUGGACCGUCCUAUUUUGAGUCAUAUGCAACAUGGCCGGACACCAAAUUCAGUUUCGGCUUUGACAUGGGCAAAAACGGCACAGAAGGAAUGGAGACGCUGCUGGCUACUGCUCCACUAGCAUGCAAGGCUCUCAAAGACGGAAAGCUGGCCUACUGGGAAAUGGGCAAUGAGCCUGAUCUGUUCAAGACAAGUGCACCGGAUACUAAGCGGCCGGCAAACUGGACAGAAAGUGAUUACGUGACGGAGUGGCUAUCCAAGACCCGACUUGUCAAGCGCCAGAUUGCGAAGGCUUGCCCUGAUAUGGCGAAGGAUACAGAGUAUCAGUAUAUCGCACCGUCAUUUGCUGGAAUAGGAAAUAGUCUUGACCCCGUGAAGACAUGGCAGGAGGGACUAGACACGGAUCGUGAUAUCAAGUUGAACUCUAUGCAUAACUACAUUGGUGGCGCUACCCAGCCAGGGGUUACGCUCCAACGAACUCUGAUGAACCAUACGUCAACGGUCAACAGCGUCCAGCAACAUGUGGAUCUAUCAAAGACUCUCAGUGAAGACGGCCUAGCCAAGGAUAUUCCUUACAUCCUGGGUGAGAUGAACUCCCUCUAUAAUGAGGGCAAGCCCGGAUUAUCCAACUCAUUCGGCGCAGCCCUUUGGGGCGUCGACUUCAAUCUCUAUUGUGCAUCACAGAGUAUCCGACGAACACACAUGCACCAAGGGACAGACUAUCGAUAUGCAUCAUGGCAACCAAUUGCCACCAACAAGACAACGAUCGGUACCAAAGCACCAUACUACGGAAACAUAAUGGUUGCCGCAAUGUUAGGUGGCGACGGCGAUCAUGACAACUCGGACGAUAUCCGAGUCGUGAAUCUUCCUCUACCAAAGGACACCGAAGCCGCCUAUGCCACCUAUAUCGGUGGAAAGGUCGCCCGGAUCGCCGUACUGAACAUGCAGGAGUACAAUUAUACAGGAGCUUCAGCCUCGGCAACCCGCCCUACGGCGAGCUAUUCGUUCCAUUUGCCCGACAUCUCCGCUAAAUCUUUGACUGUCCACCGACUCAUGGCCAAUGGAAGUGACGCGAUCACCGGCAUAUCCUGGGAUGGCUGGUCAUACAAUUACGAGUUGAAGGGCGGUGCGCCCGUACGUUUGAGCAAUAUCACAGUGGGUGAGACGGUGUCUGUGGAUGCCAAUUCGGGGGUAGUGGAGCUUAAGCUUCCAUAUUCGAGCGGUGCUAUCUUGAACCUGUAG